UGAGGUGAAGAGCCGCGGCCCCAGAAUCCUCUACGCGGUUUGGCGGGAUUCCCGGACUUUCUCCCGUGACGCAGCGCCCGCGGCCCAACCCGUCAGUACCAUAACGGAACAGCGCAGCUCCGGAUGCGUUUUGAGAUGUUCCCACUGCUGGGACUCGUUUUGCUGGUGUCAUCAGUUACUUCUGAUGGCAGUGAGAAAGAUGACUUAGGAAAAAGUAAUCCACUUGCACUACCCUCAAUCCCCUCACUGAUAGAACAACUGGCUCUCCGGGAGGAGAAAGUGAUGAAGCAGCUGAACACUCAGAUGUUGCCACCUCCUCUGGGAUAUGUGGUUAACAAGCCUGAACCUGACCAUGUGAACAGGCCUCUCAACAGACCUCCAGUUCCAGCCAAUAAUGAGGUGACCGAAACAGAUCUGUAUCUACUGGGGGCCAUCGAGAGACUUGUGUACAGAGUAGAUCUGAUGGAGAAGAGGAUGAGGCGUACAGAGGAGCUACUGUACCAUGUCAUGGAGGGCUCAAACACACAGAGACAAGAUCCGUGCCCUGGCAACUUCACACGUGUCGCUCGUAAUUGUUAUCACUUCAGUGAACGCCAGUACAACUGGAAAUCAGCUUCAUCCUCGUGCAAGAGUCUAGGAGGCAAUCUUGUGGAGAUGGAAUCCAGAGAUGAGUAUACAGAGCUCGUUACCUUUCUCCAGUCUGAUCCUUACCUCAGAGGUGUGGAGUGGUGGACUGGCGGGCUGAACCCAGGUUUACUGUGGAUCUGGUCCAACAGUGCUCAGCCAGUGUUGCCAAAGCGACCGAGUACGAGGCCUGAGGAUACAGUGCUCGGUACAGGCAGGUGUCUCAAGCUGGCCUUCUCCACCACAGCCAAGCUGUACCAGUACCAUGGAGCUGAGUGUGCCUUGCGUCAACGGUAUAUAUGUGAACACGAGGAGAAUGCUACCAUUCGUGCACUCAAACGACUACACAAGUCACUCAAACUGUGAUCUGGUUCAGUCAACUGCAGUAACUAAACAAUCAGCCUUGGCAGUACAGUAGUGUACAGUACUGAAUGAAAGUAAUAUAUUACCAGACUUAAAAUUAACUUGCAAUGCUUUUGAGCCUUUUGAAACAAGAGAUACAUGAGUAGUUUCAUGCAUUUGUAACCUUUUGAUGAUUAUAACGUACCCAAAGCUUGAAACAAGUAAAAAAAUAUACUCUUAUCAUCAUUUUGUCUAAAUCAAUAAUCAUUAUCAAGGUUUUAUUACAGUUCCUAAUAUAAUUAAACAGUUAAUACUCCUUUAAGGUUAACAAACUUGGAAUUUCCAUUAAACUAGUAAAGUCUAGUUUUGGCAUGAACAUUUUUAAAAGACCAAACAGUAAAAAAAUUUUCCAGUAACUUGGUAUUUAGUUAGUAUAUAACUUUAUACAACAUGUUUAGAUUAGACUACUGAAAACUAACUCUUAAUAAUUGUUCAGCUAAUGUAUGAGAAUGCAUUACUACUUAUAUGUGGCUUUAUUCAUGUCAGAGUGCUCUGCCAUUAAUAUCCGUGUUUCUAAUACUCCAGUCUUUUUAUAUUUAUAGACGUGUAUUAUAUUUUUGUACCAAAGUUAUAAAUUAAACUAUAAUAAGUAA